UCUUGGUAAAUAUUAUAAUUGAUAGAGUGUAUCAAUUAGAAUAAUUAGAAUAUCGUGAUUGAGAGAUUGUAUCAUAAUUAGAAUAUUGUGAUUGAGAGAAUCACUCCAUAACAGUAGCAAUCAAUCACGUAUCUUUAGCCAAGAUAUUAUGUAUAUAAGCAUAGUUUGUAAUAUUGAUUAAUCAAGGAAAUAUCUUCUUUCAUGGUAUCAGUUAGCCUAGGGCAAAAUCACUUCAUCUCUUUCAUCCUCUCUUCCGCCGUGCCCUAAGCUCUCCUUUCUCACCUCCGCCCACUCUUCCUGUCAGCCAUGUCUGACACAAAAUCGUCCUUCCAUCCCGCUCUUGCGGUCUCCAACAUCAAGAACAACAUUCCCAUCGUUCUUGAAAUGGAAAAUGUCCAAUAUGCGACAUGGGCGGAGUUAUUCAAGAUUCACGCACGUUCAAACAAGGUACUCCAUCACAUUGUCACACCAGAACACGGCACGGUCAAGACACCGUCCACUGACGAUGAGAAGGAGCUUUGGUCCACACUCGACGCAACGGUCUUACAGUGGAUUUAUUCCACCAUCUCCACCGACCUCUUGCAAACUAUUAUUGAACCCGACUCAACGGCAAUGGAAGCUUGGGGUAGGUUGCGUGACAUAUUCCAAGACAACAAAAACUCUCGUGCCGUCACUCUUGAGCAGAAAUUUUCCCACACCUCUAUGGAAGAUUUCCCGAAUGCUUCGGCUUACUGUCAAAGGCUCAAGGAGUUAGCUGAUCAACUGAAGAACGUCGGAGCACCGGUAAGUAAUGACCGUUUGGUUCUUCAAUUAGUUGCAGGACUCACCGAAGCCUAUAAUGGCGUCGGCACCUUGCUGCGACAGAGCAACCCUUUGCCUCCUUUCUACCAGGCUCGAUCAAUGCUCACACUGGAGGAAGCGGGAUUGGCCAAAAAGGCCGCCAUAGGAGCUCCUUGCGCCAUGGUUGCAGCCGCGCCCAGGGAUGCUGAUGAUGCUCCACCUUCACCAAGAUCCCAGCCCACAAUCAAUUACACCAUCCAGCCCACCAAGUCAGCAAACCCCAAUAUUACCCAUCACCCCUGGCAGUCCUCUUACUGGGCCCAAUCUAGACACACAGGCCCACUCCCCUGCAAACCUCAUGAACUGCCCAGCAACAGAAGGGCCAGCACGACCUUCUCCCAGCCCAACACGGGAACAACCCAAUCCACUUCUGCCCAUCCAACCUCAAACAUCUGA